AUGAAUUAUUCUUGCAUUCGGUCCUUCCACUCCAUGGAUAAUAACUCUGCAGCUGCAAAAGCAGCCAAAAAAGCGAAAGCUGCUCAAAAGGUUGAACGGAAAGAAACCAAGAAGGCUUCCAAGGCGAAGGACGUCCGAGUCACCCCCGUCUCCAAAGGAAAAGGGAAAUCCAAGUCGAAGAAGGCCAAUGAUUCAGACACAGAUGACGAUGAUCUAGAAGGGAUUUUGGAGAGAAUGCGAAAAGAAUGGGAAGCAGCGCACACAGUGACCGAAGAACUGGUUGAAGGCCCACCGAGUCGUCGAGCAAAUGCUACGUUUACUGCAUGUCCCAAUGGGAAUCAUCUAUGGUGCAUUGGUGGCGAGUUUUUCAGUGAAGAUGGGCGAGCAUACUUUUACAGCGACGUGUUUCGUUACACGCCGGAGAAGGAUGAAUGGCGUAAAUUUGUUUCACCAACGUGUCCAGGGCCGCGGUCAGCGCAUGCCGUCGUAGCAUCGCCUGCAGGAGGUGGAAAGCUCUUUCUUUUCGGCGGCGAGUUUUCUUCCUUGCAUCAGAACACGUUCCAUCACUACCGCGAUUUCUGGUGCUUCGAUAUCACAACUCAUUCAUGGGAUCGUAUUGAGACCAAGAUUCGACCCAGCGCGCGUUCUGGACAUCGGAUGGCUGUGUGGAAACAUCUCAUCGUCUUGUUCGGGGGGUUUUAUGAUCCUGGUGUUACAACUCGUUACCUGAACGAUCUAUGGGUAUUCGACACCCAGGAGUAUAAGUGGACUCAAGUCGAAUUCAAAGAGACGGAAUCUCGCCCAUCACCCCGAAGUGGAUUUUCGUUCCUCCCGUGUGCAGAUGGAAUUGUGCUCCAUGGCGGAUACUGCAAGGAAUAUAUGAAAGGAAAACGCCCAGUGGGUGUGAUGCUUGAAGAUACCUGGUUGUUCAAGAUCGCACUUCCAACAGCAUCCGAUGCUCCUUCUACACCCACUUCCGCAAACCCCAAAGCUAACGCGAAAUCGAAGGCUUCAUCCUCCUCCUCACAUAAUCCUAUCUUUAAAUGGGAGAAGCGGAAGCGUCCAUCCGAUGCCUACGCGCCAUCGUUGAGGAGCGGGUGCACUAUGGCUCUCUGGGCAGCUAAAGGGAUGGGGGUGCUUUUCGGCGGCGUGACGGACGAGGAUACCAGUGAGGAGGGGCUCGAGAGUGUUUUCUGGAACGACUUGUACGGAUAUCAACUCACCGGUAAAGGUCGAUGGAAUAGCCUGGCUUUGAAGAAACCUAAAGCGAAAAGUGGCAAGAAGGGAAAUAAGAAGAAGCAACAAGAGAAGGAGAAGUGGGAAAAUGCUGAUAGGAGUGACGACGACAACGAUGGAAAUGAGGAUGGUGGCAAAGCAACUGUUGAGAAACAUACGAGUCCUGUAACACCACAAACCAACAGCAAUAACGUCGACACCGACGAUGCUAUCCUUACUACCCCACUGCCACGUUACAACGCCAUGCUCGCCGUCCUGAGGAACACCUUGUACAUCUACGGCGGUAUCUAUGAACGGGGCUCUCGCGAAUACACCAUGGACGACUUUUAUUCCCUCCAACUCGACAAGCUGGAUCGAUAUGUCUGUUUGAAGAAGAGCGAGGUCGUCAUUCCGGAAGGAGAGAUAGAAAGCAGCAGUGAUGAGGAAGAGGACGAUGAUGAUGACAGCGAUGAAGACGAGGACGAUACGGAGGAUGGUGGGGAUCAGGACGAAGAUGGCGAUGGAGUGACACUUGUCGAUGUGGGUGAGGAUGGAGAAGAAACUAGCAGUGUGAAAGAGGUCGAGACGAAGAAGAGAAAGGAGAAAGAGAAGAUCGAGGAGGUCGCAGAGAUCAUAGAGGUCGAUGAGGAAGAUCCGGUCGAAGUUGGCGAGCCUGAGCAGACCGCUCUUCGACAACAAGCAGCUACAUUUAUGGGUGUUGCGAAAGAUACUACGCGUUCCGCUGAAGAUGUGCAGAGUACACCACUACCAGGCGAGACCCUGGCCAUGUUCUAUGCCCGAACUCGUGAGUAUUGGACGCAGAAGGUACAUGGCAGCAGCGAAAAUAAGGGCAAAGAGCUUCGGAAGGAUGGCUUUACCUCAGCGCAGACACGUUACGAGGAAUACAAACCCAUUCUUGAAGAAGUGGAAAAAAUAUUGGCUGAAGCCGGUCUCGAUGAGGAAGAGAUGCGACGAGGGGCAGCAGGAGGUCCAGUUGCGGGCGGUGCUGGACUCAGCCGCAACCGCCGAUAA